UAUUAUUGAGGACCAUUCAUGCAAAUAAGCCCCAAACGAAUUUUCCACAAACUAUUUCCAUGAGCGUCCCAACAGCUGCCACGAUUCAAACAACCUAUGCCAACAACCAAAUUCUACUUAUAAAUUCACACCAAAUUUACAAUCAAAAGAAAAAGCUGAGCAAAAAUGGCGGUGAAGGAGGAGAAAUCUCAACCGACGGUGGUGAUCAACAAGUUGAAGUUCACCUACCCUGGAAUUGAUGGCCAUCCUCCACCUGGGUCCGCCCCUUUAAUCGAUGAUUUCUCUCUUAUUCUCAAUCCCGGCGAUCGAUGCCUUCUUGUUGGAUCCAAUGGCGCAGGGAAAACUACGAUAUUGAAAUUACUUGGAGGGAAGCAUAUGGUGGAGCCUGAUAUGGUGAAGGUGUUAGGAAGAUCUGCGUUUCAUGACACCGCAUUAACGGUUUCAGGGGACCUCUGUUAUCUUGGCGGCGAGUGGAGACGAGAAGUUGCUUUUGCUGGGUUUGAGGUUGCAAUCCAAAUGGAUGUUUCUGCUGAGAAAAUGAUAUAUGGAGUUGCAGGUGUUGAUCCCCGAAGGCGAGAUGAACUAAUAAAGGUUUUAGGUGUUGACCUAUCCUGGAGAAUGCAUAAAGUAUCCGAUGGUCAAAGGAGGAGAGUUCAAAUAUGUAUGGGUCUUUUAAAGCCAUUCAAGGUUCUUCUGCUUGAUGAGAUUACCGUUGACCUAGAUGUGCUAGCAAGGGCUGAUCUUCUAAAAUUUCUAAAGAAGGAAUGUGAUGAACGAGGUGCUACAAUUGUCUAUGCCACACACAUCUUCGAUGGUCUUGAGGAUUGGCCAUCUCAUGUUGUUUAUGUGGCACAUGGAAAGUUGCAAUUGGCAAUGCCAAUGGAUCAAGUUAAGGAGAGUAGCAGUUUGUCACUGAUGAGAACUGUGGAGAGUUGGCUGAGGAAAGAAAGAGAUGAGGAUCGGAAAAGAAGGAAAGAGAGGAAGGCAAAUGGUCUUUCAGAAGAUGAGAAACAAGCUGAUGGAACUCGCGUUACUGGUGAUCCUGCUCGUGCUGCUGUCCGCGCAUUGAAUAACGGGUGGGCAGCUGGGAGGCUGAAUUCAACGAUUGCUGGUGAAGAAACCUUCGUCUUUAGCUCGAACAGGGUCCUUAGAUAAUAGCUAAGUAAACCAAAAAAAUAUGUGUCAACUCUUUUAAAUUUGCUUUUAUAAGAGCAUCUUCAAUAAUUGUGUAAAAUUGAGUGUAAAUUGGUAUGUCCAAAAUCACUUUUGCAUCCUCAUUUACAUCUCGAUAGAUUUAAAUCCAAAUUAUGCUCUAAUGGAAUAUCUAAAUCCACUUUUACCUCUA